AUGGAACCAGAGCCGUCCCCUGCCUCUCCUCAAGGCUAUCACAGCCCUCCAGCCACAGUUGGGUCCCUACAGGACCAAAUCCGCGCCCAGAGCCAACAAAUCACCAAGCUUAGGGCCAUAUGCAAGGAAACAGUGGACCUCCUUGGGGAUAAGGAUCAAGGAGCCCCCCAAACCAAGCCUGGCCCAUUGACUGGGCCUAUCACCCCUCCUACCCAGACAGGAGGAAAGCCUACUCUCCAGCAACGGUUAGGCCUGGCUCAAGGCCCCUUUCCGCCCUUCAGGGGCACAGGGUAUGACUCAGAGGAAGAGGAAGAUAGGCAAGCCCCCAAAAGGGAACCUUGCAACACACCUAAGCGGAGUCUCAGCUCCCUCACCCCCUUUGAUGCAGGGUCCAGUGUAAAGCAACCCAAGAUGGAACUCCCCAACCCCUACAAGGGCAAUACCAGGGACCAAUUUGAUGAUGAAGAGCAGAUGGUCGUGUGGAUACUCUACCACAUGACAGACAAAGUAGCCAAUUGGGCGCUCCCCCUUAUUGGAAACAUCAUCAAGGGAGAGGGUAACCCUCCAUCCACCAUCCUGGCCCUAACAGCCAAAUUCAAGGAAGCAUUUGCCAAUCCCAACGCUAAAAGGGCCGCCGCCAGAAAGAUUGCCGCGCUGACUCAGACAUCCACCACGUCCAAGUAUUUUACGCGCGGUCUUCACUGGAAGGUGAAGGAACUCCUGUCUACCAAAGACAAUAUUCCCAACAAUGACCUUGAGGCUAUAUUUGCCGCCUUGGUCAAAAUUGACAACACUCGUUGGGAAAACAAGGAAAACCGCCCCAAAAAGGCACCUGUCAAGCCCUCGGCCACCGUGGCCACUUCCACUACCACCACUAGGUCCCCUAUCCAAGGACCCCAACUAUGUCACCCCAGAAGAAAGGGACCGCCGCCGCGCAUCAGGGCUAUGUGUCAAGUGCAGACAGAAGGGACACGGGAUCAAGCAGUGCCCCAAUGGCUGGAAAGCCACAAUCAGGAGGCCGCCAAGAUAGGAGAAGUUGUGGAAUUGGAAAAAGAGUAA